GUCACUAAUUUUUAAUUUUCAUAGUUACUGUCAUGUUUCACAUCAGAAAACUAACGUCCCUUUUUCGCCGCCGCGAUCUGUUUUUCCAGCGACUUCGCAGCACGUCGGAGAUCAUCGUCACAGUAGAACAAGGCAAACUCAAAGGAAAAUGCGACGCGGACAUAGACGGAGUACCGUUUUUCAGUUUCAUGGGGAUCCCAUACGCCACAGCACCUACAGGCAAACUCCGCUUCAAACCCCCCCAGCCAGUCCAAAAGUGGAAGGGUGUUCUCGAUGCAACGAAAGACGGUGACUGUUGCGUUUCAUUCCAGAUGGUCGUUACCGGGAAAGGAAUUGGACUAGAACUCGGGGGUUGCGAAGACUGCCUCGUAUUGAACGUUUUCACCCACCAGUUGUUUCAAAGCGACAAAGACAAGUUAAAACCGGUGAUGGUGUUUGUGCACGGUGGCGCUUUUAUUACUGGCUCGUCCAGAAGGAUACUCUACGGACCUGAGUUUUUAAUGACUGAGGAUAUCGUUUUGGUUACGAUUAACUACAGAGUGGCGUGUUUAGGGUUUUUGGUGAUCGAGGAUCCUUCACUCGGGGUAACCGGAAACGCGGGUUUGAAAGACCAACUCGAGGCUUUAAAGUGGGUUCAGCGUAACAUAGACCAGUUCGGUGGAGACCCUUGCAACGUCACUCUUUUUGGAAACAGUGCUGGUGCUGCGUCCGUUCACUACUUGAUGUUAUCGCCACACUCUAAAGGUUUGUUUCACAAAGUCAUACUCCAGAGUGGUACUACUUUGUGUCCUUGGACCCGAGGGAUUAACAACGCGAAGGAUUUAGUCCAGAAACUCGGCUGUAACGAAACCAACAACGAAAAACUUCUAACUUUGUUGCAAGAAGUAUCAGCGCAGGAGUUGCUUAUAGCUGAGCAAAAAAUGCCCCAACAUGGUCUGUCACCUUCGUUCAAACGCCCCUUGGGGCCAACCGUGGAAGCUAAAACCCCAGACGCGUUGUUAAUCCAGGAACCACUCGACAUUCUGAAAAGUGGUACUUACAACCACGUACCGAUGAUACUAGGGUACUGUUCCAUUGAAUGUGUGCUGGCUUUCAUGGACGACCAAAUCUUCAUAACUGAGUUUGACGAUCUGGUGCCUUAUUACUACGGGAUUCCCAAAGGGAGUACCCAACAUAAAGACCUCAAUACAAAAAUCGCCCAGUUUUAUUUCAAGAAAGACUCACCGGACAAAAAUGAUCGUCUUAAUUUUACCAAUUAUUUCAGUGACGCUGUUUUUAUAAACGGGGUUUAUCAAAGUCUACAACUUCAUCGAAAAUUUAGUCAAAAACCGAUCUACUACUAUCGCGUGUCGCUCGAUACCGAUUAUAACCUUUUCAAGAAAAUGGUGAAAGUAGAUUUUAAAGGGGCUGCCCACGGCGAUUGCAUGUCCUAUUUGUUUAAAAUACAAGCGAGGGGGUUAAAAAAAGGGACGAUUGAGGAGAAAUGCGUUCGUCGGUUUGUCAAGAUGUGGGCAAACUUUGCCAGGUGUGGUAGUCCCGUUCCUGAGAAAAAUUCCCUCUUGGAUUGUGAGUGGCGCCCAGUGGGACAGGAUUGCCUCAACUAUUUGGAGAUAGAUACAGAGUUGAAAGACGGAGUGGAUCCGGAUAUAGAAAGAAUGAAGUUCUGGGACGAAAUAAAUAAAAGUUUCCCUAUUUGUAUGAACCUUACACCCGAAUAAAUAUGAAUAUAACAAAACACAGUUUAAUCUUAUCAUAAAUUUAUUAUUAAAUAUGUACAAAAAAGUUAUAUUUC